AUGGCAGAUAUUGCAAGAUGGGUAUUCGAUAGAUGCACAAUCCUCACAGGCGAAGGUGACGAAUUUCUGGUAGUGUUCCAUUUUGAGUUUCUUGACGACACACUGCAUUUUGACGGUUGGAGCGCUUCAAAUAAACUGCCAAAAGGUACACCGUACAUCAAGAACACCGACAAGAUUAAAAAGAAUCAUCCACUCAUGCUUAUGGUAAAAAACAAAAGAGAAGAACUUCUUGACCAUCCUCUAGUAUCUGCACUUCUGAAAAGGAAAUGGUUCAGCGUUGGACUUGUCUUCUAUCUCCUAAAUUUAAUGCUGUAUUUGCUCUUUUUGACGAUGCUCACUGGUUUUGCACUCGAUAUAAAAGCGCCCUAUCAGUUCACUGAUAUUUCAACAGACGGCAAUAUUUGCUUCGAAGAAGAAGAAGAAGCUACACAAGAAGGUAUUCCACAAUUUGCGGCGUUUGCUAAAUACUGUGUCAUCAUUUUGGCUGCUAUAGAAUUACUCAUAGAGAUAUUACAAAUGAUCCUGAUGUGUUUGUCAAACGUAACGUCAUACUUGAAGGAAAUGGAAAAUUAUUCGGAAUGGAUAGCCUGCAUUUUUUCAAUACUUUUUGUGGUCAAUACUAGUGGUUGCACCGAUACAGGAUAUAGGCCUCAAUGGCAAUGGACCUGCGGAACAAUAUCAGUUUUCUUGGCAUGGAUAAAUCUAGUAUUACUUAUCCAGAAAUUCGAUUUUAUGGGAAUUUAUGUUUUAAUGCUCUGUGAAAUCAGCAAAGUCUUCAUGAAGUUCUUCCUCGUCUUUUCCCUCCUAAUUGUCGCAUUUGCCGUUGCUUUUCACUGUCUGCUGCAAAAUCAGGAACCGUUCAGCACCUUUUGGAUAUCAUUGGUGAAGACUACAGAAAUGAUGAUAGGCGAGCUUGACUAUUCUACGAUAUUUCUUGAUGGGAAAGUGCAUUAUAACGCCAUCAGUCACGUAUUCUUCUACAUCUUCAUGCUAUUUAUGAGCAUUAUUUUACUAAAUACGAUGACUGGUCUGGCUGUAGAUGACAUACGAAAUUUCCGUUUAAAAGCCGGCCUCAAAAGAAAGAAAAUGCAAAUUGAAUUUGCUUUGGAAAUGGAGAAACUUUCCUCUCGGAUCUUUCCCACAUGUUUUAGGAAGAAAGAUUAUUACUGUAUAGCGCCCAAUGAAGAAGGCUGGUUCGGGAAGAAGAUUCUAGAAUCAUGGAAAUUAACUGAAAAGGAUAUAAAAGAGGCUUUACACUCUGGGACA